UAGGCUUUCAUAUGACAUUUUUUUCCCCUUCUGUCUGGUGUCUCAUUUUAGCAGUACUUUACACAGCAUCCAGUUGUAACUCGAGAUACCUAAAUUAACUCAAAACAUGCCGAACAAUUAAAGACAAAUUGGGGACAAGUUCGUUGGGAGAAAAGAUGCGUCGCUGAUCGCAAUCGAGCCCAAUAGUCUUCAGCCGUUGUCAUUCUUCAGGAGGGAGAGGCGAGGAGUAGGGUCAGAAGGAGCUAGUUCUGACAGUAUGGAGCAGCUCAGGGCAGAAUUUGAGAAAGUUGUUGCAGAACUCAAGUGGGAGGAAGUUGUUUCCACUCUCCUGGAGGUGGUCAGCGGCAUGGUGUGUACUCCCACAAGCUGUCCACCUCCUGUGCCUCCUUGGCUCAGGUUUGACACCCACUGUCAGUUGGUCUCUGGUCACAGCAGAGGCUACAGUGGGUACAUCUCGCCUGGUUCAGGUUUUGGGCAGCCAGGUCAGAUGAUGGCAGGACCUCAGUCAAAUCCAUAUGGCAUGCAUGCAUUUGACAUCAAAAGUCAGGCAGGUGCCCCUCAGAGUAUCUCAGUGCCUGGGUGGACACUUCCCGAAAGCUCCAAUUGGUGUCCUCCUGGGAUGCUGAAUGGAGGAGAGUUUCAGAUGACAGGCCAAUCUGUCUAUGGUGCUCCGAUGAGUUCGACCUCAAAGAAUGGAGGGGUGGUCUAUCACUUCACUGGUCCCCCGGUAUUUGCUGCUCCUCCAAUAACAUCUACAAAAAGAAAACGAAGGCGCCGGCGCAUACGGGAUGCAGACCAGCCAUAUGUCAAGAAGCCACCCAAUGCCUUUAUGUGUUUUCUGAAGGAGCAGAGACAACAUGUAAAGGCACAGAUGAAUUUAAAAGACAGUGCAUCUGUCAAUACUGUCCUGGGGCACAUGUGGAAGUUGCUGACUGACGAGGGACAGGCAAAAUAUUAUAAGAUCGCUGAUGCUGAGAAAAAACUCCAUUCCCAGAUGUAUCCUGAAUGGUCCAGCAGUGACAACUAUGGCAACAAAAGGAAGAGGCGCAGCAUCACAACUGCCACCAAUAUUACAGAGCCAGACUCUCCAGGUGAAACGGCAACUCCACAAACCAGUGACGAGUCUGAAAAAAUGCGUAUUGCAGACCAAGUCUUACAUAUGCUGGGGUGUGCCUAGCCCACUUAACUCCCAUCACUGGUUGCUGGUGCUGCAGGCAGCCCUCUUGCAUCACUGCGUCCACAACAGCUGGAUGUUUAUUUAAAUUAUGUAAAUACAAUUCAAUGUGUAAAAAAAAAAAAACUGCAAAUAUGUUUUAGUAUUUUACUGAAUUGUUUUUAAUUAGAAACACCAAUAACAACGAUGUAUUCAAUCCACAUCCUCUGGAUUUUCACGCCUUCCAAACCACUAAAAAGAUAAAGGGAAAGGUGUGAGGAUAUAGCAAAUAAAACUUGCCUGUUAUGCACACACCCCAAAAACGAGACAGCUUUAAAAGCAAUGUAUCCCCGUGGGAUGCCUGAUAUUCACAAAGUGAAUGAAAUUAUUGAAUCAAAAACAGACUUAACAUGAGCAAGCUUGUCAGGAUAAUGCUGGUCUUGGUGUCUUGUCAACAUGUACAUCUUUACAAUGUUCAUGUAAAACAAAGUAAUUAGUAGCUAAAUAUGAUGUUUGUCAAUUAUGUUGACCUGAACCACUAUUUGUGUAACCCUGAUGACUAUGACAUACAAAGGUACAACUGACAAAAGAUGAAUAAAAAUGUUCUGAAUGAUGGA